AAAAUGACGGCGUUUUCACUGGGAGUUCUGAUUGUAUGUCUCCUAGGUCUUGCUGCCGCCCGGAGCGCUCAGGAUGCACAUCUCCGGCAAAGACGUCAAGCUCCGUCCAAGUUGAAGGAUCAGGUUCUGACCGGUCUGACCGGCACCAUCAAGAGCCCCGGCUACCCCUCGAAGUACCCCCUCAGCACUGAGCAGACCUACACCAUCCAGUUCCCCGACACCCAGGCCUACUACAAGGUCAGUAUCAACGUGAAGUCUCUCAAGAUAGAGUACCAGAGCUCCUGCAGUUGGGACUAUCUGCUCUUUAACUUCGGGGGGAUUGGCAAGGUGUGUGGCAGUUACUCCAACAAGCAAUACACAGCGGAUGAACAGCAAGGGUCGGUUACACUCAAGUUCUACUCGGACUACAUGGUCAACGAUAAUGGAUUCGAACUCUCGUACAGCUUGGAAAAACUACCUGACGGCUGUAGCCAACAGCCAUGCAACAACGGCGCCAAAUGCACCGCUGUCGGCAGGAACGACUACACUUGCAAUUGCCCCGUAGGUUAUAUCGGCACAACGUGUGAUCUUCUCGACGUUCAACCUUGUGACUCCAACCCCUGCGUGAACAACGGCAGCUGCAGCAACCAGGGCAGCAACUACACCUGCACCUGCAACAUCAAUUACUACGGCCCCAACUGCGAACAUGGGAAUCAGAAUAUGUGUUUGAGCAACCCCUGCCAGAACUCGGGUUCCUGCAACAGCUACACCGGCGGCUACUACUGCGAGUGUUCGAGCAACAACUACGGCAACCACUGUCAGUAUUCAUACAGCAACAUGGGUGGUAACAGCACAGGAAACUCUUCUUCUUGUGAGUCCAGUCCUUGUUUGAACGGUGGCUACUGUUACAACAGUGGCAACAGCUACGGCUGCACGUGCAACGCCGGCUACAGUGGGUCACGUUGUCAGUAUUUCAACGGCAACACGUCGGGCAACAGCACAGGAAACUCUUCUUCUUGUGACUCCAGUCCUUGUUUGAACGGCGGCUACUGUUACAACAGUGGCAACAGCUACGGCUGCAUGUGCAACGCCGGCUACAGUGGGUCACGUUGUCAGUAUUUCAACGGCAACACGUCGGGCAACAGCACAGGAAACUCUUCUUCUUGUGACUCCAGUCCUUGUUUGAACGGUGGCUACUGUUACAACAGUGGCAACAGCUACGGCUGCAUGUGCAACGUCGGCUACAGUGGGUCACGUUGUCAGUAUUUCAACGGCAACACGUCGGGCAACAGCACAGGAAACUCUUCUUCUUGUGACUCCAGUCCUUGUUUGAACGGUGGCUACUGUUACAACAGUGGCAACAGCUACGGCUGCAUGUGCAACGUCGGCUACAGUGGGUCACGUUGUCAGUAUUUCAACGGCAACACGUCGGGCAACAGCACAGGAAACUCUUCUUCUUGUGACUCCAGUCCUUGUUUGAACGGUGGCUACUGUUACAACAGUGGCAACAGCUACGGCUGCAUGUGCAACGUCGGCUACAGUGGGUCACGUUGUCAGUAUUUCAACGGCAACACGUCGGGCAACAGCACAGGAAACUCUUCUUCUUGUGACUCCAGUCCUUGUUUGAACGGUGGCUACUGUUACAACAGUGGCAACAGCUACUACUGCAUGUGCAACGCCGGCUUCACUGGGUCACGUUGUCAAUAUUUCAACGGCAACACGUCGGGCAACAGCACAGGAAACUCUUCUUCUUGUGACUCCAGUCCUUGUUUGAACGGUGGCUACUGUUACAACAGUGGCAACAGCUACUACUGCAUGUGCAACGCCGGCUUCACUGGGUCACGUUGUCAAUAUUUCAACGGCAACACGUCGGGCAACAGCACAGGAAACUCUUCUUCUUGUGACUCCAGUCCUUGUUUGAACGGUGGCUACUGUUACAACAGUGGCAACAGCUACUACUGCAUGUGCAACGCCGGCUUCACUGGGUCACGUUGUCAAUAUUUCAACGGCAACACGUCGGGCAACAGCACAGGAAACUCUUCUUCUUGUGACUCCAGUCCUUGUUUGAACGGUGGCUACUGUUACAACAGUGGCAACAGCUACUACUGCAUGUGCAACGCCGGCUUCACUGGGUCACGUUGUCAAUAUUUCAACGGCAACACGUCGGGCAACAGCACAGGAAACUUUUCUGCUUGUGACUCCAGUCCUUGUUUGAACGGCGGCUACUGUUUCAACAGUGGCAACAGCUACGGCUGCACGUGCAACCUAGGCUCCACUGGGUCACGCUGUCAGUAUUCUUCAAACACAGGCACAAACUCCUCAUCUGAUUCCCCGAGUGUUAGCUUGAGCGAAGUGUACACCAAUCUCCAGCUGGCCCUCAGCAAGUCUAUCUCCUCUCAGGACAAGCUGCAGCUGGUGCAACAGGCGCUCCAACAACUCCAGAACCUCCUGCAACUCAAUUACUGAAUCUCCAAUGACGUAUGAACGUUCACAACUAUUAUCAGCCCACAGAAUAAUGUGUAUAUGCGAAUAAAUAUGUGAUCAUCCAAA